GUAAGUGACUCGGGUGCCUCGUAUCUGGUAGGGUAUCUUCGACUGUGUGGAUGGAAUGGAAGCCUUGACAAGGUCUGCAUGCAUCGAUACCGCGUGAUGGUAUUGAAGUAAUAAUGUGCGAGUGGAAAUCUGCAGAAUUUACUUAUGCAGAACAAUGUUCCUUGCGGAGACCUGGGUGCUGUACCUACCUGUCUAAAUAAGAAGAUUUAUUAUAUGUCAUGGAGUAAGUAAAGCGUCGAACCAGUUCUCGAAAGUAGAAAUGGUUAGUGGAAGACGUAGUUUCAAUCUCCUGUCGUCCUGUAGUUGUGAAUCAGUCCCGAUGUGUUUCUGUCCCUUGAGCAUUUUUAUUUAUCUAAAACCUCCAGACAUUCCGGGCAAUUAGUCCAAAUCUUCCGGAGCUGGGAUCGAUGACCAAACCUUGCAUGUUUCAAACGCAAAUACGACUUGUUCGCAUAGUUUCACUAGUAUCAAAAUUUCCACAUCCGAUUUCACAAUUAGGGCUCGUCGUUAGCUAAGUCAAAUCGAGCAGUGUCUUCUCUUGAUACCUUCUAUCGUCGAGUUUGUGACCACAAGGCAAUAUAACCUAGAAGACAAUUUCAUCUGCUUUCUGAGGCUCUAGAACUCAAUGUCUGGGGUUGUGCCCACUGCAACUGGACAAUGGUCCUUGUCAGCUUAAGACUGUCAAAGCAUUUCCCGCGUCCAAGACAGUAGACUUCGAUUGACUUGUGUGUCGGAGCGACAGUAGUCUAGUACCUCGCCUGCUGUUGAUCUUAAAUCAUCCCACUCGGUGGGUUGAUUUAGAAUGCUGGAUGUGUAUGGAAAUGUCCUCUUUCAUCAUCAGGUUUUGGGCCAUGGGCAGAUGUGUGUGUCCACUGUAAAACACUGUUUGGACUUCCUUCCAGCUAUGUCCGUUGAUGCACAAUGAUUACUCUCAGCAGCGAAGGCCAGUUUCUACCAGGGACGGAUCAUCAAGCUGGACUUUUUACUGUUGUCGGCCAUUUCCAGUGCAUGCUGGAUGUCAGAGGAUGUUGGAGCUAUUCGUGUUCGAUUUCGAAAUGAGUACCCGUCUCCGGAGGCUGAAAAUAUUGCUAAUGAUAUCAAGGUUAGAACGGCUCCAAUUAUCUUUCUGUAUAGACUUGGGUAUUCGAUUUAGAAAGUCGGUCUAAGUAGAGAUAUCUCAUGGUUUGAGUCUCUUCUCUCACGUGAACAGCAACUAUUAACGAGCCAUUCGAAUCUUAGACAAAUUCCGAUCAAUGCACUUUGAGAAUGCUUAAAAGCUGCUGAGGCAUUUAGACCACGUCAAAUUCUCUAUAAUUGUAAAUUUUGAUACAUCAAAAUGAGAAUUUGCUUAAUAUGGC